AUGCUGAAGGUAUAUUAUGCUGGACUUUUAGAACGUGCAGAUAACGCCGAAAUCUCACUAACGAUGCCGGAGACAUCAUAUAAUAUGUACAGUUUAUGUCCGGGAAUGGGCCUCGAAGGAGAGGUGCUGGAGCCCCAAGAUGCACAGGAAGAUCGAGAUGAAUCGGAAGCACGAAACAGGGAACCAGAUAAUGUGGAGGUAAUUUUACUUGUAAUUUCUUAG